GAAAAGUAAAAAACCCUAAAAUUCUGAAAUUCAUAAAGCAGCAUCGGCACACUUGCAAAAACUUCUCGUAUUCUCAAUCUACAAAUUCUCAAUGGCGAAUCAUUAGUUUUUUCAAUCUCAAACACAGCUGAAGUUCUCAAUCUUCCGAAGAGGUACCGUUUGAAAUUUUAAUUUAUGAUUUAUAUGUAGCUUGAACUGCAUACAUUGUGUAUUCUGUCAUGUCGUACUUGCAAAAAAACCUCAGAGAACUUUCCAUGCUUUCUUCUUCCAUUAUUGCUGAUAGCAAGUUUAACUUUGUUAGAGUCUUGUAUUGGGGAAUUAGGUUUUCCUCUGUUGCUUCAAACCAUAGAUUUUAUGGAACUAAAAAGGCUCCCCAAACGGAAGAAUAUGAAAAUUCUGGAGGAAUGUUGAAUGUGCAUAGUAGAAACGGUCAUCGGAUUUAUCGGCCCACUAUAAUGAAAGCUCAGGCUGCGUUGUUGGAGUAUUUACAUUCUACUCGAGGGAUUGGAUUUUUAGAUGCUGAGAAUAUGAGUAAAAGUUCCCCAAUCUUUCUUAAAAAACUUCUAGCAAAAGUUGAACAUGAGGGUGAUAUUGGGCGGUCAAUUAUGCGAUUUUUACGAUACAAUCCGAUUAAUGAGUUCGAGCCUUUCUUUGAGAGUGUGGGCUUGCAACCUGCAGAGUAUAGUGCGUUUCUUCCUCGCAAUUUGAUGUUCUUGAGUGAUGAUGAUUUAUUGCUUGAGAACUUUCAUGUGUUGUGUAACUAUGGAAUCGAACGAAAUAAGACAGGGAAGAUAUACAAGGAGGCAACUCAGAUAUUUCGGUAUGACUAUGGUGUUUUGUUAUCGAAGUUAAAAGCAUACGAAAAACUUGGUCUCAGCCAAGCUACUGUUGUUAGAUUUGUUGUUUCUAACCCCUAUCUAUUGAUUGGUGGUGUUAAUGAUCAGUUUGUCAAGGUAUUAGAAAAAUUGAAGAACAUUGGAUUUGAAUCAAGCUGGGUUGAAGAACAACUGACGAAUGGUAUUUCCUAUAAUUGGAAGCAAAUUCUUGGGUUGCUUUUCUGGUUUGAACAGAUGGGUUGCAGUAAGGAGAAGUUGGCUGAUUUAAUCAGCCAACAUCCAGAUCUUUUAUUUGAGGAUUCAGGAAGCAGAUCACUUUCCUUAAUUGGGUUGUUGCUGAAAAUGGGAUGCUCAACGAUCCAGAUAUGUUCCAUGUUCUUGCAAUUUCCUCAAAUCCGAGUUGGUAAGUUUGUUUCAAAUAUGAGGCAAUGCUUUUUGGUCUUCAAUGAAAUAAACAUGGGUGUGCAGGAGAUAGAAUACCUUUUCAGAUCUCAUCCCCAUAUAUUGGGAUCGUACACUCUGAAAACGACUAAGAGCUUGUUUUCUACAUUGAAUGUUGGGAAGAAACGGCUCUGUCAAUAUAUUUUAGAGAAUCCGGAAGAAUUGAAGAACUUGAAGGUCGGAACAACAGUUCUACCAUUACCAGGCUCUGGAGAUAUUAUGAGAUCAAAGCAACAGAAAACUCAGUUCUUGUUGAAUUUAGGACUGGAAGAAAACUCAAAGAAGAUGAAAAAACUGUUAAGGGGUAAGGGAGCGGAGCUCCAAGAGCGGUUUGAUUGUAUUGUGGAAGCUGGCAUUGAUGAGAAGGAUGUUCACAAAAUGAUUCAAGACGCUCCAAAAAUUCUUAACCAAACAAAAGAUAUAAUAGAAGAAAAGAUAGAUUUUCUUGUAAAUAAUUUGGGGUAUCCUGUUUCAUCAAUAAUAAGCUUCCCUUCAUAUCUUUCCUAUACAACUAAGAGGGUCACUCUUAGAUUCUUAAUGUAUAAUUGGCUCAAGGAACAAGGAACAAUCAAGCGGAUAUUGCAAAUGAGCACUAUUGUUUCGUGUACUGAAAAUGAAUUUCUAAAAAGGUAUGUGAAUCAUCAUCCAAGAGGCAUGGAAGUUUGGGAGAAUUUGAAGAGAGAGAUAUAUUCAGAUUCUAUGGCGUCUCCAGCUCAUUAGACCAAAUUUUGUUUCACAUGUUCUUUAUAGCAAUCAAUAAACAAUUGCUUCAUAACUGUUAUCCUACAAGUUUUUUAAUCAUUCGUGGAAUUCAGGGCUAAUCUACCGUAAAGUUUAUGGAAAAGUGUCUCAUCUGCACAAAGUUAGCAUGCUAUCCUUUAUCCUAUAUCCUCUUAUUGCUUUCAUCCUUUUCUUCCGUCCGAAUUGCUCCUACACCUUCUACGUCCGGACAGAAUAAAAAGGCAAAGGUAAAGAGGAAUGAAAAGAUAUAGGAAGAGGAAAGCAGGGAUCUCUUUCUGAUCUUCCUUGUAUGACUUGCAUAUUCAAUCUACUAUGCCUUCGCAGCCAUAAACAAGUCCUAUAACAAGAAAGCCUGGGCUCAAAAGUCGUAUGAGAACCUAUCCUUCUCUGCCUCUGUUGGAAGGGCUACGGCUCGGUCUCAUUCUGAGAAUAAAGGGAGUUAGAAUGCUACCCUCAUGAUAGAACCCUAUGAUUCGUACUACUUCUUUCUCCUAAGCAUAUUAUGGACAUCUAGGUUUCUAAAUGUACGUCCAGAUUCUAUAUAUGUUGUGGUACUUAUUUAACAGACAGAGGAUUGAGCUUUCUGAAUAUGUUCACAUAGAGGAAGGAUACAUCUGGAGAUUUGUCUGUUGCAAUUGCAAGCCUUGUUUGUAUAUAUGUUCUGACAAUUCAUGGCCUACUAGAAAUCAAAUAUUUUUCAUUUUUGGAUAA